AUGACGGGAAAACAUAACGAGACGAAAUAUCUGAUAAAAAAUAUGGAUAUGCUUUACUAUUGCCAUCCCCUUACACAUGUCUUUAUACUCUAUCAACCUCAAUUUACCGUUACAUGUCAAUCUGACGAGGGAUAUGAGAAAAUGUCUAAUAUGCUACUUGGGGAUGUGCUGGCGACGACAUAUGUACGACCAAAGCCCUCGUCCAUGAGUAGCAAAGCGACAGAGAAAACAAACGAAAAAAAAUCAAUACACUGGCAAUUAGAUUGUCAUAAAUUUGUGCUGCCGUUAAAAGCUCUUAAAGUUAUAAAUAGCACACGAAUCGAUAAUAUUGAGUUGUUGCUUUAUGAAAUGUUUCGAAUUCGUCUUGCUUUUGUGAUAUUUAUGACAAAAGACAUAAAGCUGCUUAAAGUCAAGCUUACAAUCAGUAGAAACUUAUUGAUUUAUCAGAAGACGCUGUUGAAAUUGCAUCAUGCACUUUCAGCUUCUUCUGAUGCUGACUUUGAAAAGUGA